UUUUGUUGCAGUUCAGAAUGGCUUGGCAUCAGCUCCACCCUCUGACACUUUAUCAAGGGGCUGCUUUCCCCUUUGCACUUCUGUUUAACUAUCUGUGCUCCAUGGACUCAUUUUCUACUCACGCCAGGUACCUCUUUCUCUUGACUGGAGGGCACCUUUUGGCCUUGGCUGCCAUGGGUCCCUGCGCAGUGCUUGUCUUCAUCCCUGCUCUCUGCGCUGUGGUUCUGAUCCACUCCCUCGACCCAAAGGAAGUUCACCGGCAGACUUUCUGCUUUCAGAUGAGUUGGCAGACACUGUGUCACCUAGGUCUACACUACACGGAGUAUUAUCUUCAAGAGCCUCCUUCCCCAAGGUUCUGCAUCAUGCUCUCUGCGCUCAUGCUCUUGACGCAGAGGGUCACGUCCCUCUCUCUGGAUGUUUGUGAAGGGAAAGUCGAAGCAGCUUCAAGAAGCAGCAGGACCCAGAGCUCUUUGUCUGAGCACCUGCGCCAGUCACUGCCCUAUUUCAGCUACUUGCUCUUUUUCCCUGCCCUCCUGGGAGGCCCUCUUUGUUCCUUCAAGAGAUUUCAUGCUCGAGUUCAAAGGUCCAGGCCUAUGUGCCCAAGACAGUGUUUCUGGACUCUGGCCUGGCGGGGUCUGCAGAUUCUGGGACUAGAGUGCCUGAAAACAGCCCUGCAGGGGGCGGUCAGUGCAGGAGCGGGCGUGAGGGAUUGCCAGCAACUGGGGUGCAUCUAUGUCAUGUGGUCCACAGCCGGCCUCUUCAAACUCACCUACUACUCCCACUGGGCCCUGGAUGACUCCCUCCUCCAUGCAGCAGGCUUUGGGUUGGAGUUGGGUUGGAGCGAUGGUGAGGACCCCGUCCCCGAUGCAGACAUAUGGACCCUGGAGACAACUCACAGGAUAUCCCUGUUCACCAGACAGUGGAACCACAGCACGGCUCGCUGGCUCCGUCGGCUCAUAUUCCAGCGCGGCCGGGCCUGGCCCCUGGCACAGACAUUUGCCUUCUCCGCCUGGUGGCAUGGCCUCCACCCAGGGCAGGUGUUUGGUUUCUUCUGCUGGGCCGUGAUGGUGAAAGCUGACUACCUGAUUCACACCUUUGCCGAUCUGUGGAUCAGGUCCCGGCCCAUGAGGCUGCUUUACAGAACUCUCACCUGGGCCCACACCCAGCUCGCCAUCGCCUAUGUCAUGCUGGCCGUGGAGGUGCGGAGCCUCUCCUCGCUCUGGCUGCUCUGUUGUUCUUACAAUAGCGUCUUUCCCACGGUGUCUUGUAUUUUGGUGCUUCUGUUAUCAGGGAGGAAGCACAAAUGGAACUGACAUCUUUCCCUGACCCUCAGCGUACACAUCCAUCCUUCCCUGGGCAGGUAGGGCAGUGUCUGAGUGCACCUGUAGUUUCCCCUUUUUAUAAGGAAACAAGAGUUUGGAAAGUCUCCAGGACACCAUUUUGACCCCCAGUGGUCCUGCCCCCCUCCCCAAUCUGGAUAAUGUGGUUGUCUUUGUCUUGCCCUGGUCCUGUUUAAGAUGAUAAUAGGCUCUUUUAAAAAAAAAAAGCCCUGAUGGGCAUGUCUAUGCUUGACCUUUGUAUAAUGUAUCUAUUUCUAAUGUGGAUAUUAUGACAGAUUGCAUUAUAUCCCCCCAAAUAUAUGUUGAAGUCCUGACCCCGUGUUUUCCAAAGUAGGCAGUUUCAGCCCCGGGUAGCGCUGCAAUGAUGCCGGCGGGCAGCUGCAGAAGCAGACACCUAUAUUCUAUCCUGGAUUGUGGGACAUAAUUCAAACGUUUUUCAUUGCCAAGGGGACAUGCUGAGUAAUUGUUUUUCUGUUUGUUUGUUUUUCUUAAAAGGGGGCAACUGGCCAAAUAUAUUUCGGAACCUAGGUCCUAGCCUGAUGUUGAAGUUAUUUGGGAGCAGGGUCCUUGCAGACGACAAGCGAACAUGAGGUCUUAUUGGGGUGGGCGUGGCUCUAAUCCCAUGUAAGUGGUGUCCUUAUGAAAAAGUGAAAACACAAAUGACACUGAAAAGCCACACAGAGAAGAACACCUGGUCAUGAGGGACUUCGAGGUUGGAGUGACGCUGCCAUCAGACCAGGGGCUCUCCCAGUAGAGACAGCAGAGGAUCUUCAGAGCCCUGUCAACAUUCUGAGCGCUGACUUCUAGCCUCCGGAACUGUGAGAACACAUUGCUGUUGUUUGAGGCCCCAAUGUGACAGCGUGGCCAGAAUGGAAGCUGCAGUAACUUCUAGAACCGAGCCUCAGAAGUGAUAUAUCCCUGCUGCCGUGGGAGCUCGUUCACGCAGACCAACGCUGUUCAAAGGGGGAGGCAAAUGACUGCACAGGAGUAUGAAAACCAAGAAGUGAGGAUGAGGGGUAUCUUGUAAGCUGUCUGUCACAUUGGCUUUGGUAGUUUUUAUUUUAUUAGGUAUUGGUGGAAGAAAAUGCAUUAACCUGACUUCAUUCUUCUGUA